UUCACGCGCCGAAGCCUACGUCCGUAAGGACAGCCGUGGCGUACUCCACACACCUAACCUGCAUGCACCAGACUGCAACAAGAUUCACUUUCAGCAAUGACUGAUUCGUCGAGCCCAACGCGUUCCGGUUCUAACGGCCAGGUCCGGACUUCCUCCUUGAACACAACUGGCACUGUGGACGAGAGAAAGCCACAGAAUGCGCAGCCUCGUGUGCGUCGUCGUAAUCGGAUUAUCAGCUCCUGCCUGGAAUGCCGACGCCGAAAGCUCAGGUGCGACAGAGGACAGCCAUGCAAUAACUGCGUCAAGGUCUCUCGUCAAUGUCAUUUUAUUUCGCCAGGUUUUGAUGCUGCAGCGCAAGCCAGGCUGGCUGAAGUCAAAGAAAAGAUGGGUAUACUCGAAAGGAGCCUUGAAGAGGAUAUAGCACAGCGGAAUCGAGCUCAGGCAGGGUCGCUAUCCUCUAUCAACGAGUCUGACCCAACCUUGAGCUAUGAGGAGACUUACAGCGAAGAUGAGGAGGAAGACAUCAAAGACCUAAAGUCGUCAGAGUAUGCCAGAGAAGAUGCCGCGUACUAUGAAUACGAAGAAGGCGACGAUGACAUUGUAGAUCUCGGCAUAGCGCUGGGCAAAGUGAGGAUCACCGAGAGAAUUGGUGGUUUGGUACGACCCAAGUUCUCCGAUGAACUAGGACAAGCGCUGAAGGAGCUGCCCAAGAGAGAACCUCAGGACCCAAACUCGUUCUCGACCAGUGCUGUAGAUUGGAUGAUGCCAUCAAAGGACUACGUUGCACCCUCUUCGAGCUUCUUCUUCACCCCGGGCGCUGAAAGAACAACCCUCAUGAACUACCUUCCGGCCAAAGUCUUGGUCGACAAACUUAUGGCACAUUAUUGGCAAGCUGUACACGUGAUUGCGAGAACUGUCCAUCGUCCAUCCUUUGAGCGACACUACGAGAAGUUCUGGAAGAACGUGGCGUCCGGCAUUGAGCCACGCAACUCGUUCCAAGCUGUCGUGUUUGCAGCUCUGCUGAGCUCUGUGGUCUCCAUGUCUAAUGAGAGAGUAUUAACAGAGUUCGGCGUUGACAAGCAAGGGUUGGUGGACAACUUCAGAGAGGCUACAGAAGCCGCAUUGUCAAGAGCUAAUUUACUUCGUACCACGAAGCUUGAAACAUUGCAAGCAUUCGUCAUGUAUUUGAUCCCUCUUUGUCGAGCCGAAGUAUCUCGCGCACACUCCGCCCUGACAGGCACCUGCAUUCGCCUAGCGGAGUGUAUGGGUCUACACAAAGACCCCUCAGCAUACAGCACAUCGCCCAUCGAGUGUCAAGUUCGACGUCUCAUAUGGCAUCAGAUAUGCUUUCUCGACCUGCGCACUUGCGAAGCGACGGGCCCGCGACCACAAAUUCGGCCAGACGACUUCGAUACCCGUCUUCCUCUCAACAUCGAUGAUACUGAUCUCGAUCGAGCAGAACAUGGUGACAGAAGUAUCGAUGUAGAGAACGACCGGACAUACUUCACUGACAUGACAAUUACACGCAUGCGGUUCGAGUGUUACGACAUGCAUCGCUACCUGUGGGUCGAGCGUCCCAAACUGGAAAUGAGGAAGAAAGAAGGAGAAAAGAAGGUGACCAUCAACUUUCUACUUGCACGCAUCCAGUCGUUCAGAGCUGCCAUGGAGAAGCGAUACCUUCCCAUGCUGAGCAAGACGGCCCCUCUUCAUGCGCUUGCUUCGCAGAUCUACGGCAUCUUAUCCAACAGGCUGUACAUCCACAUCCUGCAGAAGUACCUGAGUAAUGACAGGCACAAGAUGCCUGACCGCCUACGUCAGAUCGUUCUCAGCGCAGCCAUCAUGAUCCUCGAGCAUAGUCAGAACAUCGAGCAACAACCAGCGCUUUCCACUUGGUCGUGGUAUGCUGGAGCCCUUCAUCAGUAUCACACCGCGCUACUGAUCCUCAAUGAGUUAUAUGCUCAAUCCUAUACACCAGCUAUGGAGCAACGAGCGUGGCGUGUGUUGGACUUUGUUUUCGAUCUUGGACCAGGUUUGACGAACCCAGAAAAAACCAGGGCGGUUUUGGAAGAAUUGAUGAACAAGAUGCAAGUGUAUGCCAGCGUCAAGAGGUGGAGAGCACCGAAGGACAUGCCACAAGCUGGACCACGAGUACACACUCCUGGAUACCAGCUUCAACAGCAACAAGCAGAUGAGAGAGCGCGUCACGACAGCCUACAGCCUUCAGCAGGAGUUGAUAGCCAGGCUCUGUUCAGCACCGCAAGUCCCGUAGGCCCACAGAUGUCACCACCAUUACAGCAACCAUUCGGACCACCAAGACUAUCCCAAUCGCAAAGCCAAGGCUCAGGUUCAGGUGCCAUAAGCUUCCCAGGAGCCAUGCCAAACGCCGACUGGGGUACCUUUGACGUUCCACCACCGACAUCAACUUCAAGUUUUCAGCAACCCUUGGUCAGCCCAGACAUGUAUGCAACACCCAACUACCCUCCAGCCACGGCUUCCAGCAAUCUCAUGCCUCCUCCCCGCAUAAUGUCGCAAGGCGGUGAUACAAGUAGCCUUACCAACCCAAGCGCAAUCCUGAGCUAUGGCGCGCCUACCAGCACCACAGGUAAUAGCCCGUUGGAUGCUCUGAACGAGAUUGACUGGAAUGAAAUCGAACAGCUAUUCGGCGGCGCGGAGACAGGCACUGGCAAUGUGAUGAUACCACCCUUCACAUUCCCUCAGUUCUCAGCUACUGAUCUCAGCGAUCUGCAGUGGCCGCAAGAAGGGUUUCAGUGAUACAUGCGAUUUUUCCCUCUGGCCUAGAUCGAGCGAUCAUUAUCAUGUGUAUUGUGCGACGGUACUUCAUUCGCAACUCCUCCAUUGUGCAUUGCUCUUUCCGUCUUUCACACCGACAACUAAAUGAGCAGGAGAUGCACACCCAAAU